CAGUGCCUCUCUUUAACCAGUGCCGUAGCUUCUCUUUAAAAUUUGUUGUAGUAAGAAAAUUGAUUUCUCAUCUUUAACGAGAUGACCCCUUCGUAAACCAUGCCUCCCCCACCAGUUGACCUUAAGAGCAUUACACGAGAAUUCGCGUUCGUGCCAGGUUACACAGGUUACCUUCCGGGCUACCAUUUGGUCACCGGAGUAUCUACAGGCGAACAUUCCCACAAUCAUCUGACCCGAGCAUGGGACGCCGGCGGCAAGAACGCCACUCAGAACCUUAUGCCAUCGAUCUACGAUGCCGAUAUCCAGCGCCAAGUGGCUGAAGAACAGACAAGGAAGGAUGAUCUCGUUCUAGAGCAUCACGAACAUGCCCAAGGGGGUCAGCCGAAACUGACCACGCACAUCGAUCCGAAGUACUCCGGUUAUUUCCCAUACCAACAGCAUCGCUUUGCCCAGCGUAAUCCCGUUCGCGAACGUGAAGGAGCCCUGCAGAUUCUAAAGGAAAAAGACCAAACAUGCGUGAAUCAUCCAAACCCGUUUUUCUGUCGCAACGAGAUGCCCAUUGAUCUAGAAUUAAAAUCCCCGGUGCCCAUAAAAAAUCCCACAAUGGAUGACGAUUACGGAGCGUAUUUAAACAACGUCCGCAGCCUGGACGACAUUGGCGAUUUCUACGUGCCGGAAGUUGAGAAGGCUUUAUCCAAACCGUAUCGGUUGCCACCUGGGCAUGCACUGAAGAGAUUUCCUUAUGGUUAUACCGGCUGGCUGCCGUUCACGACAGAAUUUGUUGGUUUGACCCGUGGAGAAUUGUCCAAAGUCUGUUUAGAAGAAAAUGACCGGUGCCGGCAUGAUGCGGACGUUUUUCGCACUUCUUCAGCCAGAAUGCCAUCGAUUGCAAAGUCAUUUGCACCGGAAGCUGACGACGAUCUAAACAGAAUUGUUCACGGCAUACCGGGCUAUACCGGCUAUAAAGAAGGUACACGUUAUCGAUACGGAUACACUCAUGCGCGAGAAAUGAAGGAAGUGGUGAUGCAGCGGCAUCCGCGGUUGUCGCGGGAUAGAAUGAGCUCCAUUACCGAUACGCUGUAUCGUCCUCCCCCGGAAUUUGCGCAAUUGCAAAUCAGUGCUGGCACCUAAUCCGUAUGAAAGAAAUUUUAAGGGAAGCAUGAUAUGCUACGUACUUUCCUUCAUAUGAAUUCGUAAAUACGCUUUUGAUGUGUCAGUUGCAAGCUUGGGGCUUUUCGUAAUUUAAUUAUGAUAUUUGUUGUAACAAAACUAUUUGUUGCAGUAACGCUAGUACAACAAACAUUGUAAGUACGUACAUUACAGCUUAUCCUAGGCCCUAAUCCAACCACUGCCAUAAUUUUUCUCAU